GGACGCUGUUCCCCAUGUCUUUUUGCUGCGGUGGAGAAGAGCCACACACCAAGGACCAUCUCAAUUUCACACGGAGUGGAGUCAACUUAAAUACAUAUUCAUCGUAUUAUCCAAAUUCAAUUUUUAAUAACUUCGACAAUUCUCAUUUUUCUGUGUGUGAGCUGCGCCUUCAGUGAUCAUUCCAUUAUUUUACCAUUCUAAUUUAGCUGUGCCAAAUGAAUCAGAAGAAUGGCAAUGAUGAAGAAAGUUUAAAUUGAAAGACAUCAACACACACCAAGAUUAUCUCUAACCAUUUACUCAAUCAGUUGUUAGUGGUUGAGUGUACAUGUCAUAGGUAUUGCAUGGACCAACAUUAUUUUUGUCACAAAAAAAAGAUAACAGCCAAAUGGAUCCCUUGUUCACCACGACUGAUUUGCCAUUGCUAAGCAAUUGGACCAACGCCUCAGGGCUCAAUGGAACUGAUCUAGACGGAAACCAGUUUGUGCAACCAGUUUGGAGAAUUGUUCUAUGGGCUUUCGCCUACAGUUGCAUGGUUACUGUGUCUCUGGUGGGGAACGUCGUAGUAAUAUGGAUCAUUAUGGCGCAUAAACGAAUGAGAACUGUGACCAACUAUUUUCUGUUGAACCUGGCGUUUGCAGAGGCGUCUAUGUCAGCCUUCAACACCGUUAUCAACUUCGUCUAUUCCGUCCACAAUGAGUGGUACUUCGGGCUGAUGUACUGCCGCUUUCACAACUUCUUCCCCGUCGCUGCUGUCUUCGCUAGUAUCUACUCUAUGACUGCGAUAGCGGUGGACAGGUACAUGGCCAUCAUCCACCCCUUGCAGCAGCGUAUGUCGUCCACAGAGACCAAGGUGAUCGUGGGAGUGAUCUGGGUGCUGGCUCUGCUCCUGGCCUUCCCUCAGUACUACUACUCAGUGACAGAAGAGCUGCCUGGACGAAUCAUCUGCUACAUCGAGUGGCCCGAAUACUCUGGCUUCGACUACAGAAUAAUGUACUACAUGUGCGUGACAGUGCUGAUCUACUUCCUGCCUCUACUGGUGAUGGGCUGUGCCUAUCUGGUGGUGGGACUCACUCUCUGGGCCAGUAACAUACCUGGAGACUCCUCUGACCGCUACAAAGAGCAGCUCACUGCCAAACGCAAGGUGGUGAAGAUGAUGAUCGUGGUGGUGUGCACGUUUGCUAUCUGCUGGCUGCCCUACCACGUGUACUUCCUGCUCCAUCUGUUCUUCCCCCUCCUGUUUGAGACGCUCUACAUCCAACAAGUCUACCUGGCUGUCAUGUGGCUGGCCAUGAGCUCCACCAUGUACAACCCAAUCAUCUACUGCUGUCUAAACGACAGGUUCCGAGCUGGCUUCAAGCAGGCGUUCCGAUGCUGUCCCUGUGUUCCCGCUGGCUCUUACGAGGGUCUGGAGCUCAAGUCCACACGUUACCUACAGACCCAGACCAGCAUGUAUAAGACCAGUCGCAUGGAGACCGCUGUGUCCGCCGUGCCGCACGUGGUCGACGACUUGGAGCCUCCCAGGUUCGGGGCCCUAUCUGGGGCCGGGUGUGAGGCCGGGGCGCGGGGGGUUGGCGUAGGGGGCGUGGGGUUGUGUGCGGUGGCACCCAGGCGCUCCUCUCUGGACCUGACUUCCAAUGGCUCUUCGUCCCGCAGCAUCUCCAAGACCGUUUCCGAGACCUCCAGCUUCUACAACAACCUGCCUGAGUAGCGAGGGGAGAGUAGAGUCAAGCACCGCUGAACACUCUCACAAUAUCUGCCAAUGGGGACCGUGUGCAUGUGUGUUUGUGUGUGUGUGGCCGUGAAUGUGUUUGUGUGUGAGUGUACAUUUGAGUUGGUGUGUGGGUUCCGUCCAUGUAUGUGGAUGAUGUCCUUUCAUUGAAUGUUGGGCAUCAAGUCUACCGCCUGUGACUAAGGCUUGGUUUGGUUCCCCUUCAGAGGGCUUUCCAGUGUGCCCUGAUUCAAACUAAACAGGAGUCAGUAGACACUAAGGCCAUAAGGCAUACCUAGCCCACACCACCUGGUACCUGCUGUACACGAGUUAGCUGAGAA